GUAGAAAACAGCUUAUUCCGAAUAUGUAAGUUUGAUAAUAUAAAUAGUUAGAUUCAAUUUUUUCACUUAUUUGUUGCAUUAUUACUAAAUAUUAUAUAAUAAUAAUUUUGGCAUUCAAAUAAUAUUCUGUAUAUUUUGAAGAACUAUUAUUUUUUUUUAAUAAAUCCUUUGAAAGCAGCAAAAUUUUGUAUGAUUUUUGUAAGCUGCCAAUGCUAAUUCAUAACUUUAAUCUGCACAUAUAUGUAUGUAAUAUGCAUAUAAAAAAUUAUAUACAAGAUAUAAAAUUAUAUAUGUAUGAGUUGGUAUUAUCCCUUGGUCUGAUUUGCCAUCUUUACUCACCGUCCGCACGCUAUUCUUUAUUCUCUGACACAAGUUGCUGCUUUGUUGUAUGUAGUGCCUACUUUGUUGUCAUUGUUACCGCACUAACCAAACCGAUGCAGUUCAUACGUGUACAUUCAUAUGUACAUAUGUAUGUAUGCACAUACAUAGUUAUAUUAUCCUUUAGGCACCAAUCGUGUUUUGCAUAUAACAUUAUCGCUACUACAAAGUAAGUAAUUGUUGUUGGGUAUAGGUAAUUUUUAUUGCCUUUAAAGUUUUUCUGCAUAUUGUAUGAUUUCCUUUUAGCUAACUGUGACCCAACUAUCUACAUACGUUUAUAAAAUGUGCGCAAGCAAUAAAGCCGCAAAAGCCGGCAAUUCACGGUGCAAAAUGCGCUUUUAACUCAAAGGUAAAUGAGUAUGCAUUUGUGUGCUUUGUGUAUGCACCUCUGUUUAUGCAAAUACAUUUAUAUUCCUAUGUGUAAUGGUGUUGGCCAUUCAUGUGACCCAACAGCCUACCAACAAUUGUUCUACCACUGCCUACUUCACCACUUCGCUUUGUACAUUUCCUAUUUGCAUGCACCUUCUUUACCAAAACUCCACAGUUCUUAAUUCCAACAACAACAUUUACCUGCACUUGUUCACCGAUUUGUUUUUGCAUGCAUUUGUUUUUGCUAUUCUUUUGUGUUUUCCCCCCAUUCCAACUGGCAGUUUGCGUUCUCUCUCGUGGUACGCUCUCUCAGCGCAACUGUCACUGACUGCUACAUUAACUGCGCAGUCGACUUCAACGCUUUUAUUAGGGGUUAUAUUUAUGUGUUGCGCUAUAGGCCUCCUUCCAUCGCGCAUACAACAAAUUUUAUUGGCAUUCGCCGUUGUUGUUGGCACUUGCUGCUGUUGUUGGCCCUCGCUAGAGUUGUUGCUGCCGAACGCGUAUAGUAACAGCAGCGCUGCUUACUUCGCCGCUGCUCUGCCGACUACUGUCUACCGUCUGCUGCUUGGCUGCUCAUAUCAUUUUCGUACAUAUUUUUGCUGUUUUUAGUCAUGUGAACGGAUUCGAAUCGCCGCAGUCGUGUGCGAGAGUAGCGUCUGAGUGUAGCGCAACGUAAAUUUUACUCGCCAAAAAGAUUUGCAAUUAUUUACCUAUAGAAAUGACAUAUUGUUGGCGGCGCGUAAUAUGACAGCGUGUGUGUAAAAAGUGCAGAAAAAGACGCAAGAAAAUAUAAAAAUAUUAUUAGCAGCAAGCAAGAAAUAAAUGCAAAUUCAACUUGUUAAAAAAGAAAAAAGAAAAUCUGUGCGAAAAUAUUUUGAGCGUUUAACAAAGUGUUGUUGAGUGACCGAACGGAAUGUGUGCUGGCGAAAAAUAAUUCAUUAAUAAUAAAAGUGUGGCAAAAGUAGUGAAACAUAAUUUUGAAAAAUUUAAAUAAAAGAAAUUAAAAAUAAAUUGGUAAAAAAAAUUAACAAGCAAAAAUUAAAAAAGAUAUUAUUGAAAAAAUAGCAAUAAAAGCAUGACAAAAAAUUAAAAAAAAAAAAAUAAUUAAUAUAUUGAAAAAAGUGGCUAUAAAAAUUUAGCAAAAAAAAUUGUAAAUAUAUCAACAAAAACAAUAUAAAAAGUUAUCAAAGCAAAACAAACACAUUUGGAAGCCUUGUCAAUUGUCAUCGUUUUUUGUUUUCCAAGUGUUUGAUUAACUGUUUUUUUGUCGUAUCAGGCAUUGUGACAAUUUCACGUGAUUGUCAUUAAAUCGCGCGCUCGUCUGAACUUUGCGCGCACCUUUCGACUUGCCUACACAUUGGACCGCAGGUAAUAUAUGUGAUUUUAUGGAGCAAAAAAAAAAGUUUAAAAAAUUAGAAAAACAAAAUUACAAACAAACACAGCAACAAAGUGAGCACGAUCGACGUUUGAUAAGAAACGCGCAUGGCAAUAAAUAAUAACCAAAUAUGUAACAGCUUUUAAGUGCUAAAACUCGCUUUUGCGCUUACGUGUAACGUAAAAGUAAUUAAAAACGGAAACCGUCAAUUUUGCGUUGCCUGCACUUGAAGUGCGGAGAGUGACUAGUUCUAAUUCUAGUUCUAGUAUUAGUGCUUGUGAUAUUGUGGAAAUCUUUCUUCCGCUCCUCCUGUUAUUAUUAUUUUUAUCUUCUCUAUUUAACUAUCAAUUGAUAGAUCUGCGCGCUGGCCGCCUGAUAGCGCUGGGUGCUUUACAAAAAUGUCAAUCGGCCAGUUAGUCAGUCAAUAACCUGCGUACGCCAAUCAAUUCUUUAGUCACCAGUCUGGUAUUUAUUUUUUUUAAUGCUGCUAUUGACCUGUGUUUGCAAAGUGAAGCCAUUGAAGUUAUUGUGUAAUUUGUGUGCCCAAGUGUACUAGUAGCAGUGUAUUAAAUAACGUCAAAUGCAAGAAGUAUAGCAGACGCAGCAAUAAAAGUUUUCAGUUGUCUAUCGCAUAAACAACCCUAUCUAACUGCUGGCGCACAAAAACCGAGACGAAAUGACUAAAUAAGACUGAAUGUAAAGAAAUAAAACGAAAACGCUGAAAAAGUAAGCGUGAAGAACCGUGUGACCAGGCGGAGUAAUCAAUUCGCAGAGACGACGACGACGACGGCGGCGAAUGGAUAAAUUCAACAAACGAUUAAGCCACAAGUAAAAAGAGAAUAGGCAAGUUGGUAAUUACGCAUGCGCGCCGGUCGGUGGCGUGUGGGUAAGCUGUCGCGGCAAACGUGCAGCAAAAAAGUGGACAAACCAGCAAAACUUGCCAAUCACACAAAAACAAAAACCAAACAGCAACAAAAAAAGCGCAAAAAAUUUUUAAUUAAACGCAAAUUCUAUGAGCUGCAAGAGAUAGAUUAACAAAGCAUACAACAACAAAAACAACACAAAAUCCAACAAUGCGCUGAGCACAAAAAAAGCAUGCAUAAGUGUAUCUUUCUUUUUUAACGCCACACACACACACGCAUACAUAUACACAUGCCCACUUACUAUCUCAACACACGAGCAAGCAAAAAUUUACAUAUCAACGCCACAGCGCGCGCUUUGAAAGCGGACGUCAAACGUUAAAUAAGAUAACUAAUAAUAAAUAAAUACACCGCGACAAACAUGGUCAAGGGCAUUUUGGUGAACCGCAAAGCGGAUGAUGCGCACAAGGCGCAGCUGAAAAUGGAGCACGCCGACCUCGUCGCCGAGAUGCAAACGGUGGAAAAUCUGCCGACGCACGAGCGCCUGCAGCUGGCGCGACUCCGCCGCACACAACAGCUUAAGGUCGCGCGUCAAAAGGAGAAGGAGUGGCUGAAAUUACAACGCGCCAAAGGUAACGCGACCUCAGCGCUCAGCGGCAGUCACACAACACAUCACUUUCGCUCGAACUCGGGCAGCACCAGUCGCCACAUAUCCUUCGAGAGCAGCGUUGUGCUGCUGGAGGCAGCCAGCCGCAAUGAUAUGCACGAAGUGGCCGAACUGCUGGAGCGUGGCAUAACGCCGGAUGCUGCGAAUGAGGACGGCUUAACGGCGCUACAUCAAUGUUGCAUCGAUAAUAAUGUUGAAAUGUUGCGCCUGCUGCUGGAGUAUGGCGCGAAUGUGGACGCACAGGAUAGUGAUAAAUGGACGCCAUUGCAUGCGGCGGCCACAUGCGGACACUUGGAGCUGGUGCGCAUACUCAUCGAUCAUGGUGCGAAUUUGUUGGCGGUGAAUACGGAUGGUAAUAUGCCGUAUGAUCUGUGCGACGAUGAGAAUACCUUGGACUAUAUAGAGGCUGAGAUGUCGAAGCGCGGCGUGACGCAGGAGCUGAUCGAUGAAACGCGCUCGUCGACAGAGCGUCAAAUGCUGAAGGAUCUGAUGGAGGUGGCGCGCACGGGCGGUGAUCUUGAAGAGCCGGACUACCAGGGUGCUACGCCGCUACACAUAGCUGCGGCAAAUGGUUAUGUGCGCGUGGUGGAGUUCCUGCUGGAGAUGCAUGUCAAUGUGGACGCGGUGGAUAAAGAUAUGUGGUCGCCGGUGCAUGCGGCCGCAUGUUGGGGUCAUCUGGAGGUGCUAGAAAUGCUUGCGCAAUGUGGUGCCGACCUGAAUGCCAAAAAUAAGGAUGACGAAACGCCCUCAGAUAUUUGCGAGGAUCCUGAGAUACGCGAGCGCAUCGAACAGCUAAAAACCGAGCAGGAGAGUAAACGUCUGGCAGAGGCGCAGCGGCGGCGUGUACGACGCUCACAAAGCAAUAACACACGCGCCCAGUCUGUGCGCCGCACCUCCCUACGAGACAAGACGCUAACAACCAAAAAGGACGCCGUCGAAGAGGCGCGUCUGCGUUUACAAGCACAAGAAGUCUUCAUAGCGCCGGACGGCACAACGCACGCCGACACAAAUGGUCUUAGCGGCAGCAGCAACAACACUACCAAUAAUCAUCAUUCCACGUUGGCGCUAUUGGAUGGCGUCAACGACACGACAGCCACCACAGCACUUGCCUCCACGCACGACUACAAUUGGCUAACGAAAACGCCAACAAAUAAUAAUAACAAUGCCAACAACAAUAAUAAUAAUAACAAUACGAUUAGUAGUAAUAAUAACAACGAUAAGAAAGUUGCAGCAUAUACAGCUAGUCUUGCAACGGCGACGGCGGCGUCGGCAACCACAACGACAACAACAAACGGUAGUGUUAACACGUAUUUGCCGCAUUCGCUGUCCGCCAUGGAUGUGAUGGAUGCCUCGUCGCAUGCAUUUAAUUCACGUCGACCGCCGGAGGGUCGUGAAAAUGACGAAUUACAGUUGAACGCCUACAAAGCCGGUGGCGGCGAACAUCAUCGUUCGACAUCGGCGACAGCAAUGAUUGUUAGCGAUCGUAACAAUAUGACGGCGGCGGCCGCAUCGACGGCCGGCCCGGAUGCGGUGCACAUACAGUCCAGCAAGGAGGCGGCGAAUGGCAAGAUAAAUGUGCAAGUGACAGUGCUCGUGGACACUACCAAUACGCAUCAUCAUCAACUGCAGCAAAGCAUGCUUAUGCCAGCGCAUACACUCUCCAUGGAGAGUCUAAACUCUACGGCAGCCACACUGGCCAAUUUGAAGAAGCAACGUUCGCUUUCGCGUACAAAUAACGGUAUACUGAUAAGUGAAAAUGGUUCUGUUCUAGGAGCCGCCAACAACACCAGCAACACGAUCAACAAUCAUCUGCACACUGGCAGCGCUAACAACAACAAUUCAAUACUUGCGAACGACACAAGCAGCGGCGCGGUGAAUCAGCAACCACUGAGCGGUGGUCUACAUCCCAGUCACCUGGAGUUCAACAACGGUGCGAGUAUCGGUGCGGGUGGUGGUGGUGGUAGUAUAACGAGCGGUGGCGAGCAGUCGACCGGCUACUCGAACGCCUCGUCGAUGAACAAGUUCAGCGGUAUAACGGGUGAUGUGGUUAGUGAUAGCACGAGUUCCAAAAAAUGCUGUACGCUAAUGUGAACGCAAGUGUGCAACAAGUGGUCGGUCGGUGCGGCGUUGGCGGUGUAGCAGCGUUACAGUAUUCGUAGUUGGCAUUUUCUAAUUGAUAAAUGUUGCAUGCCAGCGUAUAUUUAUAUACUAUAUAUAUUAUAUGUUUUUAUAUAUAUAAUACAUAUACGUUUGUACGUAUUUGUGCAGCAGACAGCGUCUGCAGCAUUUGUUGCAACAAUUUAACAGGGUAUUAAAUAUAUGUUUGUAGGUAUAUAGCGGGUAUGCCAGUGUAUUUUUUAGGCAAGUUGUUGCACCACAAACACACACACACACAUAUACUGAUGUACAUCACAAGGUAUGCCGAAAUUACACUUUUCUCGUUGUAAACUCAAUUCACCAAACACACUAUGUAUGUUUUCUUGUUGGAAAGCUGUGUGCACAACUUUGGUGUACUAAUCAAAGGUUGGCUGCAGUCGGCAGAGAUUUUGAGGUUGUUGGUGAGUUAUAACACAUCAUUUUCUUAACGAGAAAGUAAGAAUUAGUUAAAAGAUUUUUUAUGCUAACUAUGUAUAUGGGAAUGGUGAACUUUUAAUUUAUUUUUCUUUUUUUCAAACAAAUUUUAGUUGAGUUAAAAUUUUCUGAAGGUUAAUUAAUUUUUAUGUUUUGAAUUUUUUUUUUCAAUUUUCAAUCUUCGAAUUAUUGUUUUUUGUAGAUAUGUAUGAUUUGUCUUUUCAAAACUAAAAUAUUUUAUAUGUAUGUAUGUACAUGUGUAUGUUUUUAUAAUUCUUGUAUGCAUUUUUUCAAAUAUAUGAAAUUCAAGUUCACAACAAAUUUAUUUAAAAAAAAAACCAUAUAGUUUUAUGAAAAUAAAUAUGUAUUUUUUCAUUUUUUCUAUAAUUUUGGAACUAAGUGUAAAUUCAUUUUGAAAAAUAAAAGUUUCGAAUUUUAUAAAAAAAUUAAUUUACAUAAUUUUUGUAAUUUUUUUUCUAUUGUAACUAAAGCUAACUUUCGUACAUUCUGCAAAUAAAUUUGUUUUUUUUUUACUUUUUUCUAUAAUUUUGCAACCAACUGCAAAUUAGUUUUAAAAAAUCAAAAUUCGAAUUUAAAAAAAUACUUUUGAAAAAACCAAUUUCCGAACUUAAUAAAAAAAAUUAAAUGUUGUUUUCUAUUGCUUCUAUAAUUUUGAAAAUAACUACAAUUAGUUUUGGAAAAAUAAAUUUUCGAAUUAAAAAAAUUUACAUAAUUUUUGUAGUUUUUUUUUCUAACCCAAGCUAAUUACAUAUUACUACAAGCUAGUUUAAAAUUCAAAUUUUCGACCUUAGGAAAAUAAAUUUUUAUAUAUUGUUUUUUUCUCGAGAUUGCCAUAAUUUUUGUAAUUUUUUUUCUAAUGCCUCAGAAACUAGUCUCUGGACCACUUUUUGCUCAUAUUAAAGGUUAUAAAAAUUUAGUGACCUCAAAUGUAUAAAUUUAAUUUUUUUUAAAUAUUGUUUUCAUUAAAAUAAAUUUGAAUAAAAAGUACUUAAUAAAUUGUUAAAGUGUCUUUGAACGGCUGCUCAAUACCUAUGAUUAGAUUUUUCAUAUCAAAAAAAGUCUUCAGGUGGUUCGCUAGUUUAAAGUCGAUUAUUGUUAACUUUUUGAGGUUUCAUUUUCAACCAACUCCACCAAAUUAUGAAAUUAUUAUUUUUAUAUUCUAAUAGAAACCAGCUUCUUCAAAAAAUAUCUAAAUUUUUUUAAAAUCAAAUUCGAAGAAAUCAAAAUUUAAUCAGUUUUCACCGAUUCCCAAAAAUAACCGCCAACAACCUUGCAAAAUCUUGUAGCAUGCUUUUAGGCGCAGGCCGUAAAAACACAAAGCCACUAAUCUUACCAAUGCAUCACAAAAGCUAGUAAAAAAAUGUAUAACUAUAGUUAAACACAUUGUAAAAAAAAAUUAUUUAUUAUAAUAAAACUAAUUAUACAUAGAAGGGCAUUUGAAUCAAAAAAACAUUUAGCAAAACUAAAUAAAAAACAUAAAAAAUAAUAUAACAAGUAACAAUUAUAACUUCUAACUAUAGAAAAGGAGCUAUUAUUGAACUAGUGACUAGUUAAUAAAUAAGAAAGCACAGCGUUGCAUUGGAAAACAUAUUAAAUACAUACAUACAUAUAUAUGUAUAUGUAAGCAAGCAAAGCAAAUGUAAAGCAAGUGUCUUAAUAUUUUAGGUGUUUAUUCUUCUUGUUUUUUUUUUCUCUUUUUUAAUGUAUACUUUUUUAUAGUUAAAGCAGCAAAGCAUGUGAAACGAAAAUAACUAAGCUAUAAGAAAUUGAAGUUUGUAAACAAGCUGUUAUUUUGCAGAAGGAAAAUGUAUUUGCUUUAUAUUAACGGUAUUUAGUGAGAAGUAUAUGUGCUGCACUAUUUUUGAAUUUAGUGUGAAGUGCUAAGUAAUUAAAUUUAAUUAAAAUAUGAGUGCUGAAAUAACAGAGCAACUUUUUUCGCUUAUAAAAAAUAAUGUCCAGCAAAUGUAUAGGUUCAGCGCCUAAAAUGCCAGCAAAAUUACUUUUUUCAAACAAAAUUUGACAUUAACUAAAUCUAAACGACUUAAAAGCAAUACUUUGCAAGGAAGCAUGCCAGGCAUAAAGAGUGAUCAACUUGGUUUUUUAAGCUUUAUUAAUAUUACUUUUGUAGAAUGCAUAAAAAAUAAUUAUAUAUUAUGUAUGUAUAAUUGAUUUUUAGCUGUAAAUGCGAUUUAAUAACUGUUAAUAAAGCUAAGCGGUGGAGUUAAUUGAGACGCUAUACUCCAGUGCAAGAUACAGGGUAUGAUGAUGAUGGAGUAAAUUGAGCUUUUGCUUAACUUUAAAAAAAAUAACUGUAAAUAUAUCGAAAUACAGCACGCUUACGGUUUCAUUAUUUACUACACUUUUUCUUUAUAUACCAUAUGUAGGUAUGUAUUUCGCAAAAAUCACUCUAUCGCUUACCUCUAUUUCGGUAUAUUAAAUUAAAAACGAAAGCAAAUAUAAAAAAUUAAUAAAUAAAAACUGAAUUGAAAGUUAUGGCCUUAUUUGUUAACUAUAAAAAUCUUAAUUAUGUAUGUACUACACACUGUAACAAAUAUAUAUAUUAUAAACUUUA